UGAGACGGCACCUGGUGGCGGCCGACAGAGACGCCGUGCGGCGGCGGCGCAGGCGUGAGCGGGCGGCGAGCGGUCGCAGGUCGACCGACCGCGUCGGGGAGUGGGAGUUUUUCAUGCACUCUCCGCCGCUGCCCGUGUCGCCGUACCACCUGGACAUGUCGGAGCUCAUCAUGGACAAACAUGCGGGUGGAGGAGGUCGCCGAGGAGAUGAUGAGGAGAGACGAGGAGCGGCGGCAGGCGUUCAGCGAGGAGCUGGCCGGCCUGCGGGGCGCGGCGGCCCCCAGCGCCCGCGCAUCACGCCGCCUCAUGUGCCGCCUGGCGGUCCGGCAGCGGCUGCAGCGGGAGGGCGGCACCGUCCAGAUGAGGGAGAGGGAGGUCGCAGCGUUCCGCAAGGCGCUCUACCAGAGCGGGAUCCGGGUGCGGGGCGUCAGCGGUAACCAGGGGCGACCUCGCAGCGUCGCACCGGAGACGUUCCGCCGAGGCUCCGGCCACCUGACCCGGCUGAACGGCUGGCUGCGGCGGGAGCUGGCGGUGCUGCUGGGCCCGCACGCCCCGCUCAGCGACGUGGUGCUGCGCACCAUCACCGCCCGAGUCCUGCGCAGCGGCCUGGAGGACGCCGCCGCCCUAGAAGAAGACCUGCGGCCGUUCCUAUUGGCCCGCACAGAGCACUUUGUGCACGAGCUGGUGAGCUUCGGCCGCUCCUCGCUUAGCAUGGAGAGCUACGACCAGCUGGCCGUGUACGAGCCGCCCGCCGCCGCCAUGGAGCUGGAGCCGCUCAGCAGCCCCUCCGACGGCAGCUCCGUCAUCGCCAUCUCUGAGGAGGAGGAGGAGGAGGAGAGAGGAGGAAGAGCCGAGGCAGUGACAGGAAGUCACAAUGAUGUAAUUCAAACAGGAAGCAGCCUCAGCCUGUCCGGCUGGGACGAUGAGACGCCGGGACCGUCGUACACCUCAGCAGAGCCGCCACUUUCACUCACCAUGCCGCCGCUCAGCCCGGCUCCUCAGCAGCCGACCAAUCAGGAGGGAGCAGAGCCGCGCGGCGAGGAGGAGGAGGAGUGCCUGAUCGUCGGGUACAAGAAGCCGAUCGCUGAGAGAACUCCGGAGCUGGUGCAGCUGUCCUCCGACAGCGAGGAAGUUGAGGGAGAGAAGAAGAAAGAGGAGGAGGAAGUGGAAGUUGGCUCAGCAACGGUUGAUAAGACUCCGCCCCCAUCUGCUCCCUAUUUACCCAUAAUCCCUCCCUCCACUUCAGGAGCCUUCAGGGCGGAGCAGCAGAAGGAGGCGAACUCCCGCCGGCGGUCCGGUUCCUGGUCAGAAAGUUCUGGACGAAGCAGGAAGUCGGUCUGCUCCCUCAGCCCAGCUCCGCCGGAGCGCCGCCAGAGGGACAGGAAGCAGCAAAGCGAACGGCGGAGGAAGAAGAAGCAGCGUGGGCGGGACCGGAGCAGAGAGCUCAUGGGAAGAGCGGCACCUUCUGCAACCCCAACCGCUCCAUCUUCCCCCCCAUGAUGUCCCGCUGCUCGCCGUCACCAUUCGACUCCAGCCCAGACUCCGCCUCCUCGCCGCCGAGCCCGCCGGACUCCGGCUGGGAGCUCCGCUUCAGCCAGGUGUCCCCCCU